CUUUUGAAAAGUAAUAUGAAUAAAAAUUUCAGGUAAAGAUCUUAGUGUCUCUUCUUUUUUGGAACUUAGCAAUUCCUUCCCUCCUGAAGAGGAUAUACACCAAUGGAGUAUGGACAACGUCAGACAACCUCCUCCGCGCGUGCCAAAACCAACCACAGCCUUCCAAACGUGCCUUAUGAUAUUUGUCUUCACUUGCAAUGGUCCGAAGGGAUACAAAAGCUGGUCAUCCAAAAGGUUGGCGUCUUGUUUGUUUUUAUCUGUGUUCUCUCCAAAGAUUCAGUCUUCUCUAUGAUAUCCCUUGCACUUUCUAACUCACUUCACUCUUAACCCACCUUUCAUUCAACUCCAUUUCAUCUCUGUUCAAGAAAGGUGAUUGUGCUACAUAAUUGGAACAUUCCACAGAGGCUAGCUGAGAGUUCUAAAAUUUCAUCCCUUUGCUAAGUUUUCUUCACCUCAAGUUGCUCCGUUACAAAUUUCGCCUAAAUAUUCUUGAUGAACUGGAGUUGAGUGUCUAUAGUUGCAUUGAGAUUGGUAAAAUUUGGGUUUAAGAAGUUAAGGCUAUACUUAUUCUGAGUGUCUAAAAGUUGUCCUUUUUGGUAUUACGUAAAGCAAAGAGAUGCAGAAGAUUCUUCAACCUCAUGAUUUUGCUCUGAAGGAGACGUAUCCUAAAAUAGGUGCAGUCUCGAUAACGGGAGACAAGCUCUCUUCCACGUAUGAUCUUGUGGAGCAAAUGCAAUAUCUUUAUGUCUAUGUGGUCAAAGCUAAAGAUUUACCUGGAAAAGAUGUUACUGGUAGUUGUGAUCCCUAUGUGGAAGUGAAACUUGGAAACUAUAAGGGAACAACCAAACACUUUGAGAAGAAGUCCAACCCUGAGUGGAAACAAGUUUUUGCUUUCUCGAGGGAACGAAUCCAAGCCUCUCUUUUGGAAGUGGUGGUGAAAGACAAGGAUUUUGUAGUAGACGAUUUCAUGGGGCGGGCUAUUUUCGAUCUCAAUGAUGUUCCAAAACGUGUCCCUCCUGAUAGUCCACUGGCACCGCAAUGGUAUAGGCUGGAGGACCGAAAAGGGGAUAAGGUAAAAGGAGAGCUUAUGUUGGCUGUGUGGAUGGGGACUCAAGCAGAUGAAGCAUUUCCUGAUGCCUGGCAUUCAGAUGCUGUAACCGUGGGUGCUGAUGCCAUUGCUAGCAUCAGAUCAAAGGUUUAUCUUUCUCCCAAACUUUGGUAUGUUAGAGUGAACAUCAUUGAAGCUCAGGAUUUACUACCGAGCGAUAAGAGUCGGUAUCCAGAAGUUUUUGUGAAAGCUAUUCUUGGGGCCCAGGCUCUAAGAAGUAGAAUAUCUCAAAGCAAGUCUAUAAAUCCAAUGUGGAAUGAGGACUUAAUGUUUGUGGCUGCUGAACCAUUUGAAGAGCCACUACUUCUGACAGUUGAAGACAAGGUAGCAUCAAAUAAAGACGAAAUUCUUGGGAGGUGUUUGAUUCCCCUGCAAAAUGUGCAGAGGAGAUUAGAUCAUAAACCUGUAAAUACUAGAUGGUUCAAUCUUGAGAAACAUAUCGUUGCAGAUGGUGAAAAGAAAAAGGAAGUCAAGUUUGCCAGUAGGAUUCAUCUAAGGAUUUGUUUGGAUGGUGGGUAUCAUGUGUUGGAUGAAUCAACCCACUACAGUAGUGAUCUUAGGCCUACUGCAAAACAGUUGUGGAAGUCUAGCAUUGGGAUUCUAGAGAUGGGGAUUCUAAGUGCUCAAGGGCUGAUGCCGAUGAAGACGAAAGAUGGCAGAGGGAAGACAGAUUCGUACUGCGUUGCAAAAUAUGGACAGAAAUGGAUUCGGACAAGGACUAUUGUGGACAGCUUCAGUCCAAAGUGGAAUGAACAGUACACUUGGGAGGUUUUUGAUCCCUGUACUGUUGUUACUGUUGGGGUCUUUGACAAUGGUUAUAUAGGUGGAGGAAGUGGAGUAAAAGAUUCAAGGAUUGGAAAGGUGCGGAUUCGGCUAUCGACCCUUGAAACUGAUAGGGUUUACACUUAUUCAUAUCCACUUCUGGUCCUUCAUUCUUCAGGAGUGAAGAAAAUGGGUGAAGUGCAGUUAGCUGUAAGGUUUACUUGUUCAUCUUUGGUUAACAUGUUGCAUAUGUACUCCAACCCAUUGUUGCCAAAAAUGCAUUACAUUCAUCCAUUAUCAGUGAUUCAACUUGAUAGCUUAAGGCACCAGGCUAUGCAAAUUGUCUCGAUGAGGUUAGCGCGUGCUGAGCCUGCAUUGAGGAAAGAGGUUGUGGAGUAUAUGCUGGAUGUAGAUUCACAUAUGUGGAGCAUGAGGAGAAGCAAAGCCAAUUUCUUCAGAAUAAUGGGCGUUUUAAGUGGAUUCAUUGCAUUUGGUAAAUGGUUUGAUCAUAUUUGCCACUGGAAGAACCCUAUAACAACAAUACUAAUCCACAUCCUUUUCAUCAUUUUAGUUCUUUACCCCGAGCUCGUACUUCCAACCAUCUUUCUUUACCUUUUUGUUAUCGGUAUUUGGAAUUUCAAGCAUAGGCCUAGACACCCCCAACACAUGGACACUAGGUUGUCUCAUGCUGAUGCAACUCAUCCUGAUGAACUAGAUGAAGAAUUUGAUACAUUUCCUACAUCCCGAUCUUCCGACACCGUUCGGAUGAGAUACGAUCGCCUACGGAGUAUAGCCGGGAGAGUGCAAACUGUGGUCGGGGAUCUUGCAACUCAAGGAGAAAGAUUUCAGUCACUAUUGAGCUGGAGAGACCCAAGAGCAAGUGCUCUCUUUGUAACAUUUUGCUUGAUUGCUGCUAUAAUUCUUUAUGUGACCCCAUUUCAAGUUAUUUGCCUUGUUGGAGGUAUUUAUGUUCUGAGACAUCCAAGAUUUCGACAUAAACUUCCUUCAGUUCCUUCCACCUUCUUUAGAAGAUUGCCUGCAAGAUCAGACAGCUUGUUGUGACCAGAAGUUUAUUUGAAUUUCUAUUUCACUUAAGUGGGUAUUACAUUACAUUCAAUUAAUUAUUAUAUCAUGGUGUUUGUCAUUGUUGGAAAUUCCAUCUUCCUUCAGCUUUUUCACUUCAAAAGUUAAUAUCUUAUGCUUUGAUUAAUUUGACCCA